CCGACAUCGAUUCUCAGUUGCACCCAGACAGCCAUGCAAGAUGCAUCUAAUCAAUGGAAAGCGUUACCUGAAAGCAGCACGCGAAGGCAACGUGAAAGUGCUGAUGGAAGCCAAUCGAUGGGAAGUUAAUAUGGCCGAUGAAAAUGGCAUGAGCCCUCUCCUUUGGGCAGCUCACGAAGGACACACGGAAGCUGUACGGAUUCUGCUUAAACGCAAAAGCAAGAUUAGCAAGGUGGACAACUUUGGCAACUCGGCGCUUCAUCUAGCCGCGGCUCGGGGACACCUGGAGUGUGUGCAAUUGGUGAUUAGCAAGGGGGCCAAUCUGUACGGGCUGGACGGUGGUCAACGAACGGCAAGUGAUUUGGCAAGAAUUGGAGAGUGGGAUGAUGUGGUGGAAUUAUUGGAAUUGAGGAUGAAAGUGAUAGAAGAGAGAAAUCCAAAACUGGUGUUAAAAUUGCAAGCGUUGGCUAGUAAGCAGUUUUUGGAAAUUAAGGAGAAAAAAUCUGAAACUGGAAAUAAUAUUGUACUGAAAAGUGACGAAAGAUUUCAGGACGAAGAAAAGAUCCAUCAAGAUGAAUUCCGAAGUGUAACAAAUAGUCCCGAAGAUAAUCCUACUGAAGAAGAAUUGUAUCAGCAUAAUUCCAGUAUAUUAGGGUUACUUCAGCACAAAACUGGUGGCAUAACGUCAAGCACCAGUAAAAGUGCCGCUCGAUCUUAUUUGGUAUUUUCGGAGCUAGUCAAGGAACAAUCAAUCAACCAAACCAUUGUCAACCGUCUCGAAGCACGACCACAACGAAAAUCCAUCAAACAAGUCCAUCCCACAGCCGACGAUGGUGAUACUGACGACUCAGAGGAAGACCCCACCGCAGACUCAUCUGAAAGUUCCCUUCUAUCAUUUCUCAAAAUAUACGACCUCCAGCGGUAUCAUCAGCAGCUUGUGGAUAAAGAAAUUGAUUUGAACGGGUUGAAGCUGAUGACGGAGCAUGACAUAAAAGCACUGGGACUCCCACUUGGUCCUCAUCGGAAGCUGUGCGUUGCUUUGGAAGAGUACAAGUCUGCCCAAAAAUGGGACCAAGCGUAGCAGCAGAUCCGUUGAACCCUGUCGUCCCUCCUGUCAAUGACAAGGGACACGCGGAAAACUGCUCACACAAAUAUAAAAAAAUCCCGUCAUAGCCCGUUGCCAGCUUUCCUCAAACGUCAUAAAACCAUUUAUCUCUUUCGAACGCUUGGAAUCGGUGUCAGUGUCAUUUCACUCUCGUCUCAUACCGGAAUCAUGAUUAUAACGCACUUUCUUCACCGCACCGUCGAAGAGCGAGGCUACCCCUCAAGGAAGGAAAAACGAGGGCGGUGCAAGAUGAAGAUUGAAAAAGGCACCACGCAUAAACUGUGACCUCAAUGCGAUAGCUGAGCCCGCCUUACUGAGGCCGAUCCUCAGAAAGCUUCAUCAUUCUCAUCGAAACUCAACGCCAGAGCUCGAGUCCAACAAAGAUACAUUGGAUUACUCCAACUGUCGGAAUUUCGAGGAAAAAUCUACUGUGUCAUAGUCGCUCGGUGCUAUCACUCCUCCUGUGUGGUGCCCCGGUGCCUGAUAGUAGGGCUAUCGUGGGCGGGUAGAAUAUUGCCGAGAUAAGGCACUAGACGGAGCAAAACGAGCAGAUGUCAUGCCGAACAAAGAGACCUACACCUACUAUGAUGUCGGUCGUAUAUAAAUCCAGAAAGGAAGGAGUUUCAGAACAACGACGGAGCAACCAAGUUUCGUGCUCCAGUAACCACGAGACCGAAAUAAACCGGAUUCGUGCUCUCGGUACAAUAUGAUCCAUUGUAAUUUCUAUAUUUCGCUUCCAUAUUUAUGAGUUGGUGGGUUGGUACGUCGAAUGAAUGAUUUGUUCCAUAAAUUGAGUUGUCAAUAAAUUGAUGCUACGACAGA